GGCUCGGGUGCCCGGGCAGCCUCUGAGCCCAUGGCGGGCAGCGAUGCGGAUGGCGAGGGUCGCGCGCGAAGGAGCAGCGCGCCCCGGCGUCCUGGGGAGCCCUGUGGGCCGGGAGGCGAGACUGCGGCCAGCGGCCCAGAGCCGCUGUCCACUGCUGAAGCGCCGGCCGACGGCGCUGCGCUGCCCGCCUGGAUGCGCCUCUACUUCUACGGGAUGCACGGGAUCACCCUGGACGUGCUCGUGUCCUCGGCUCGGCGCUUCGCUAGCAGCCCGGACCUCCGGAUGCUGGGCUUCUCCUCGCCCUAUCGCUGCCUGCUACACUCGCUCACCCACUUCGCCCUGGAGAAGGUCUACCUGCAGCAGCGGCGCUGCCCCAGCGCCUUCGUCUUCAAUUUUCUCCUCUACCCCUCAGCGCACGUGGCACUGCAGACCCUGGCCGGCCAGGCGCUGCUGCUCGGCCUGCGCAGCGGGCCGGGGGGCGCGGCAGUGCCGGGGACACUGGACCUAGCGCUGCAGUACGUGCUCGCUCUCUACCACUGCCAUGUGUUUCUGAACCGCUUCCUGCGCUUGCGGUACCGGCGGCUGCCGGAGCAGCAGCAGCAGCAGCAGCGUGGGCCGGGCGCGCCCCCUGCCCCUCGGGGCGCCGGGACCCCUGUGGUUGCAGGUGGCCCGCGCCACCUACCCCGAGGCGGCAGGGGCGUCGGGGGAGCCCCCAGUCACGGGCUGCCGGGCCUGCUCCGCUUUCUUUUCUUCGGAAUGCACGGCUUUUUGGAUGAGAUCUUCUUCACUUUCUUCUUUAAUUUACUGGGGCAGGGAGAUGGGGUAACCAGCGGCCACACGUCGCUCUGGUCCUUCUUUAUGUACGGCAGCUGCAGUUUCGUGGUGGAAAAGCUCUACUUCCAUCUCCACUGGAGUCGUGGCUGGAGCACUUGGAAGCGGAUACCCAUCUACGUGAUCUUCAUCUAUGUUUGGGAGUUGUCCUGGGGUCUGGGACUCCGCAUGUGCGGCGCUUGUUCUUGGGACUAUUCUCACUAUCCGCUCAAUUUCAUGGGCCUCAUCACCCUGAUGUAUUUACCUGGUUGGAUAUUCCUUAGUGUGUACCAGGACCUACUUUUCAACGUGUUAUGGCGGGUGCAGUACAUACCAACUAACUAACUAAAAAACAAA